ACAACCCCGUGAGUAAAGAAUCAAUGCUAAGCUCUAGUGAGAAGUCCCCAUGAGGUGAUGCUGCGUGUGUCACGCUGUCCUCUGCUGAGGACUCUUAACUCUCUACAAUGGACGAGGCUGCGUUCCUUCUACUCCACCAAGCUUCACUCUCUUCAGGGGGAGACCUCUCCAGAGACUCGCCUGAACCCCCUUAACAUUCAGAUGCUGUCGAAAAAUCUCCAUGAGCAGAUCUUUCGAGGACUGGAACCAGAGUACAGAGAGGAUGCCGUAGAGCGUAGCAUUGAGCACUUGCAGAAGCACCAGCUGUGGGGCAAAGAAACAUCACUGUUGCCCGAUGUCACGCUCAAACUUCCCCAGAUGUACGGCAAAAACAUUGAUGAGCACUUUCGUAAGUUGGCUGAGAAGCAGAGCUUUCCCUACCUUGAGGCUGCCAUCAAGCUUCACCAAGCUGAGCUACCGCCCAUGCCUCAGGAAUGGAGCUACGAGGUUGGCUGGACACGCUAUGGGCCCAAUGGGGAGAGUCAGAAAGUUGAUUUCCCAGAGGAGUCUGCAUUGGUGUUUGAUGUGGAGGUGUGCAUGGCGGAGGGGCACUGUCCCACACUGGCUGUUGCUGUGUCUCCCACAAACUGGUACUCGUGGUGCAGUAAGCGUCUGAUUGAAGAGAGAUACUCCUGGUCUAACCAGUUGAGCCUUGCUGACCUCAUUCCACUGGAGACACCAUUCAACUCUGCCCGCGCCCCCAAGGGUCAGUGGAAGAAGAGGCUCAUCGUGGGCCAUAAUGUCAGUUUUGACCGUUCUCAUAUUAAAGAGCAAUAUCUGCUCAAGGGUACAAAGGUUCGCUUCAUGGACACCAUGAGCCUUCACAUGGCCAUCUCGGGGCUGACAGGAUUCCAGCGCACACUGUGGAUGGCCAAUAAGAUGGGUAAAAAGAGGGGUCUUCAGGAGGUCAAGGAACACAUUAAGAAAGCUGCAUGGAAAAAGGAGGGCCCAAAGAUCGGCUCCUGGGACUGGGUGAACAUCAGCAGCAUCAACAAUCUGGCUGAUGUCCACGCUCUGUAUGUGGGAGGGCCGCCGCUGCAGAAAGAAGCCAGAGAGACCUUUGUGAAGGGAACCAUGAUGGAUGUCAGAAACAACUUCCAGGAGUUAAUGCAGUAUUGCGCUCUGGAUGUUGAGGCCACACAUCAGGUGUUCACAGAGCAGCUACCCCUCUUCAUGGAGAGGUGCCCUCAUCCAGUGACGUUUGCAGGGAUGCUUGAGAUGGGCGUGAGCUACCUUCCUGUCAAUCAGAACUGGGGGAGAUACCUGGAAGACUCUCAGGACGUUUACGAAGAGCUCCAGAGAGAGAUGAAGAAGUCUCUGAUGACUCUAGCAGAUGAUGCCUGCCAGCUAUUGCAGGAUGACAGAUACAAAGAAGACCCCUGGCUUUGGGAUCUUGAGUGGGAUGUGCAGGAGUUCAAACAGAAGAAAGUAGCUGCCAGCAAGAAGAAAAAUUCCAAAAAAGCAGCUGAACCACAAGCUGCUACUCCUCUACCAGAGUGGGAAGACGACCCAGGUCCACCAUCUGAAGAGGAGAUGGCAGGUCCCUGUCCCAGCAGGCUGGCUGUUGAGAACCUGAAGGAAACAGUGAAUCGACUUCCUAAGAGACGGCAGCAUCUACCUGGACAUCCAGGGUGGUAUCGUAAGCUGUGUGAAAAGAUGUCUGCGGAGGACAGCUGGUCACCUGGAGCCAGUCUCAUCAGUCUACAGAUGAGAUUGACCCCUAAACUCAUGGGUCUGACAUGGGAUGGUUUCCCCCUGCAUUACACAGAGAAACAUGGCUGGGGCUACCUGGUACCUGGACGCAGGGACAACCUAAAUCCUCAGGAGGAAAACGACGGGCCUGUGUGCCCACACAGAGCUAUUGAGAGUGUUUACAGAGAGUACUGUGAGCAGAACAGCAAAGAGAAGCCUGAAUAUCUGGACUCCAGCCCUUCAGAUGAAUGGUUGACAGACAGCACAGUGUGGGCAAAGGUGGAAGAAUUAGGUUCCCUGGAAAGUCUGACAGAAGAAAGUAGCAUCUCAAUGAUUAGAAAUGGAGCGCAGAAGAAAAACAAGUCCCAAGAUCAACAUCACGUCCAAGCAAAGAGUCAGUGCGAUUAUCACCAUGGAAACGGCCCCUACAAUGAUGUCGAUAUUCCAGGUUGCUGGUUUUUCAAAUUGCCGCAUAAGGAUGGUAAUCACAACAAUGUCGGCAGUCCUUUUUCAAAAGACUUCCUGGCCAAGAUGGAGGACGGCACUCUUAGAGCAGGAAGGGGCGGAACCAACGCAACACGAGCUCUGGAAAUCAACAAAAUGAUGUCCUUCUGGAGGAAUGCCCAUAAACGUAUUAGCUCCCAGAUGGUGCUGUUUCUCAAAAAGGGGGAGCUUCCUCACGCUGUCAGCAGACACAAAGAGUUUGAUGAGGAGGGCCAAUAUGGUGCCAUAUUACCUCAGGUCAUCACGGCUGGAACGGUAACACGGAGGGCUGUGGAGCCAACAUGGCUGACUGCCAGUAAUGCACGGCGGGAUCGGGUAGGCAGCGAGCUGAAGGCCAUGGUACAGGUUCCUCCAGGAUAUCACCUGGUUGGAGCAGACGUAGACUCGCAAGAGUUAUGGAUCGCUGCGGUGCUCGGGGAGGCUCACUUCGCUGGCAUGCAUGGUUGUACGGCGUUCGGUUGGAUGACCCUUCAGGGAAAGAAGAGUCAGGGCACUGACCUGCACAGCCGUACUGCUGAUGCUGUGGGCAUCAGCCGAGAGCACGCAAAGGUGUUCAAUUACGGACGCAUAUACGGUGCAGGGCAGCCGUUUGCUGAGAGGCUACUGAUGCAGUUCAACCACCGCCUUGAUCAGACAGAAGCUGCCAGUAAGGCCAGGCAGAUGUACGCCUUAACAAAGGGUAUACGCAGUUACCUUCUGUCAGAGGAGGGUGAGUGGCUGGUCGAUGAACUGGACAUAGAGGUGCAGAGGGAGGAAAGCGGAGGUGUCUCCCUGCAGGAAUUGCGAAGGAUCAGCAAACUGGCCUCAAAGUGCUCUCAGCGGAAGAGGUGGGAUAUUGUCGGCAAACGUCUGUGGGGUGGAGGCACCGAGUCGGACAUGUUCAACAAGCUGGAGAGUAUAGCUCAUUCAGCGAAGCCAGCAACUCCUGUUCUCGGCUGCAGGAUUAGCAGAGCACUGGAGCCCACGGCAGUUAGCAAUGAGUUUAUCACCAGCAGAGUGAACUGGGUGGUGCAGAGCUCCGCGGUGGACUACCUACAUCUGAUGUUGGUGGCCAUGAAGUGGCUCUUUGAGGAGCACAACAUCGACGGCCGUUUCUGCAUCAGCAUCCACGACGAGGUGCGGUACCUCGUCCGCAGUGAAGACCGUUACCGAGCAGCGCUGGCGCUCCAAAUCACAAACCUGCUCACGAGGAGUGUGUUCGCUCAUGCGUUAGGCAUGCAGGACCUUCCACAGUCAGUAGCUUUCUUCAGUGCCGUGGACAUCGACCAGUGUCUGAGGAAGGAGGUCACCAUGGACUGUGUGACUCCCUCCAACCCCACAGGGGUGGAACGAAAAUACGGCCUAGCACCUGGUGAAGCCUUGGACAUCUACCAAAUCAUCGACAUCACCAAGGGCUCUCUCCACAAGUAAGGUAGCACUUUUUGAGCUGCUGUUAUUC